GUGCUGUUGCAUUAUGGGAUGUGUGAGAGCUGCAUGUGUGUCUGUGUUGAGAAGAAGAACCAAAAUGUCUCAGCUCAGGUUCAUCGAUAUCGGAGUGAACUUGACCGACCCGAUGUUCCGAGGCCUCUACCGAGGGAAACAGAAACAUGACGACGACUUCAACCAGAUCAUCGACCGGGCUCUGAAGGUCGGAGUGGAGAAGUUCCUGAUCACAGGAGGGAGCCUGGAGGACAGCAGAGAGGCCCUGAAGCUCUCCGAGAGCAGAGACGAGUUCUGCUGCACGGUGGGCUGCCAUCCCACCCGCUGCAGCGAGUUCCAGCAGGGGGGGGAGUCCCAGUACCUGACCGGGCUGAGGGAGCUGGCUGCAGCCCACAGAGGGAAGGUGGUGGCUGUGGGGGAGUGUGGACUGGAUUUCGACAGGUUGGAAUUUUGUCCAAAGGAAACUCAGCUGAAAUACUUCGAGAAGCAGUUCGACCUGGCGGAGGAAACCAAGCUGCCCAUGUUCCUCCACUGCAGGAACUCCCAUCAGGAGUUCAUCGAAAUCAUGAAGAGAAAUCGGGACCGAUGUGUGGGAGGAGUGGUUCACUCGUUUGACGGGACGAGUGAAGACGCUGCUGCGCUCGUGGACCUGGACCUCCACAUCGGGAUCAACGGAUGUUCUUUGAAAACGGAGGCGAAUAUUGAAGCGAUGAAGUCGAUUCCCAGCGAGCGGCUGAUGAUCGAAACAGACGCUCCGUGGUGCGGAGUGAAAAACACUCACGCAGGCUCCAAACACAUUAAAACUACAUUUCCCACGAAGAAGAAAUGGGAGGCGGGGCACUGCCUGAAGGACCGGAACGAGCCGUGUCACAUCAUACAAGUGUUGGAGGUGAUGGCGGCGGCGAGGGAGGAGGAUCUGAUGGAGCUGGCCAACACCAUCUACAACAGCACCAUCAAAGUCUUCUUCAGCUCCAGCUGAUGAUGAAGAGGCCGACUGGUGUGGAAUUAUUUCACUGUGUGUGUGUGUGUGUGUGUGUGUGUGUGCUUGAAAAUGUCAGAAAACAAAAAUAAAGAAUCU